AAUACGGGUGCAGGGAAAAUGCCGCCUCCCUUUGUGGUUUAGGUUGUGAUACAAGAUGGCUCCGGUGUUGGAGAAGAAGUUGCUGGGUGCAGCCGGGACAGAAAGCCACACCAUGGAUAACAGCGCCGAGGAGGACGAAGGACAAAAUCUGUGGUCCUCAAUCCUCAGUGAGGUGUCGACACGUUCCAGUAGCAAACUACCAUCUGGGAGAAACAUCCUGCUCUUCGGUGAUGACGGGUCGGGGAAAACAACGUUGAUGACGAAACUCCAAGGGGCGGAGCACAACAAAAAGGGCAGAGGAUUGGAGUACCUUUACCUGAACGUCCAUGAUGAAGACCGAGAUGACCUGACACGUUGUAAUGUGUGGAUUCUGGAUGGAGACGUUUUUCACAAAGGCCUGCUCAAGUUUGCAGUGUCCUCCGAGUCUCUGAAGGACAGUGUAGCUGUCUUUGUUGUGGACAUGUCUAGACCCUGGUCCACCAUGGAGUCUUUGCAGAAGUGGACGAGUGUCCUGAGAGAACACAUGGACAAACUGAAGAUUCCCCCUGAGGACAUGAGGGACAUGGAGCAGAGGAUGGUGAAGAAUUUUCAGGAGUAUGUAGAGCCUGAGGAGGCAACUUCAUCCUCCCCUCAGAGAAGAAGUGCUCCUGCAGGAGGAGAUGAUGAGUCUGUGGUGUUGCCACUGGGAGAAAACGUCCUUACACACAACUUGGGGAUCCCUGUGCUAAUCGUCUGCACCAAGUGUGAUGCUGUCACUGUGCUGGAGAAAGAUCAUGACUACAAAGAGGAGCAUUUUGACUUUAUUCAGUCGCACCUCAGGAGAUUUUGCCUGCAGUAUGGAGCUGCUUUGAUCUACACUUCUGUAAAGGAGGAGAAGAACUUGGACCUCCUGUACAAGUACAUGGUGCACAAACUGUAUGACUUCCAUUUCAACACACCGGCCUUAGUGGUGGAAAAAGAUGCAGUGUUCAUUCCAUCCGGGUGGGACAACGAGAAAAAAAUCUCAAUCUUACAUGAAAAUUUCACAACCGUCCGACCUGAAGAUCCGUUUGAGGAUUUUAUUAUUAAACCACCAGUACGCAAGUUAGUGCAUGACAAAGAGAUCAAUGCUGAAGAUGAGCAGGUCUUCCUCAUGAAGCAGCAGUCUUUGUUAGCCAAGCAGCCGGCCACUCCAUCACGAGCAACAGAAUCUCCUUCACGGGCAGCAUCUGGAUCUCCUCGGCCCAAUGUACGCACUGGUCCCACCAACGUCGCGAGCGUGUCUCCCAUGACGACUGUAAAGAAACCAGACCCUAACAUGAAAGGUGCUGCUGCAAAUGAAGGUGUUUUGGCAAACUUCUUUAACAGUCUUUUGAGUAAAAAGACCGGAGCUCCUGGAAGUCCAGGGACAGCAGUACAGGGAUCAGCAAAGAAAACAGGGCAGAAGCCGGCUCUGAGUGACGUGCAAGCUGAACUGGACCGCAUGACGCACAAAACUGACUCCGCCACGGCCAAUCACAGCACAGCGCCGGAGAACGAGGCGUAAACACACCACAGAGGCACAUACAUGUACACACACACACACACACACACACACACACACACACACACACACACACACAAACAUACACACACGUACACACAGGAAAACCUAAACAAAAAACAUUAAUAUAAUGACCAAAUUCCCACACUUAGUGUGUGUGUGUGUUUGUGUGUGUGUGUGCGUGAGAGAGAGCGAGAGAGAGAGAGCGCUUGUAAAAUUGCAGGUGAUUAGGUUUAUUUGAAUAUUGAUUUCAUAUAUUGUUGAUAAUUUAUGGUAAAGUUAAACAAUGAACAUCCAUUCAGAGUGUGUGUGUGUGUGUGUGUGUGUGUGUGUGUGUGUGUGUGUGUGUGUGUGUGUGUGUGUGUGUAACUCUUUACACUCAUGUUCCUGCAAACAUGCUGCUGUUUCUCGUUCUGCUUUACCUGAUGAUUGAAACAGAAAAGAAACUAAAGAAGAAGAAAAAUGUGGGGUGUGUUAAAUAAAAGAGUGGAUUUCCGUCAGUGUGUAUUAACAUGAACAUGGCGACGAUGCGAAACUGGUGUAUUUAUAUUCUUAAGGAAAACAGGAGCUUUUUCAGAGCUGUCUCUCACAUAACACCGCUGACGUCAUGACACUAAUCCAAUGCCUUUUUUAUUUGCGUAAAAUCGAUUUUGUAAAUAUGCACAAAAUAGUAUUUGCUAUGGUCUCGUGUUUUUUUUUUUUUUUUUUUUUUUUUGUAUGAUGUUCAAAUUUAUGAAGAAGACCUUCAGAUUUUGACUAAAGUAUUGGCAUGACAUGGAGCUUAUUUUGUUUUUGUUUAUUUUGUUCCUCAACUCCCAAAGUGCCUGUUGUAGGGGAUAUGCACUGUAGCACUGUUGGUCUCAACUUCCCUUUUUCUUGCUAAUUUAUUAUUAUUAUUAUUUUUUUUUUUUUACUUAUUUCAGCUAUUAGAUAUUUUCAUUCCGACUUUUCUUGUCCUCCAUUUGUCUUUCAUGCCACAGCUGUUUGUUGAUGAUUAUUUUACACCACUUUAAGUUUCAGUACUGCUAUUCCUGACUUGUUCACUUCCUAGACGAGCAUGUACUCUCCACACUAUACCUGACUGAGCUGAGACAUUUCACCUGGUUUACUUAGUCAUUUAUUACUAUUAUUUCUGUUUGUAGUUGUCUCAAGCUCGACAUCCUUAUUGAAGUGUUUAAAAGUAAUGUGAUGCAAAUACAUCACAAUUAAAUCCUUCAGAAUCUCACUGUCUACUGCCCGAAAAACAUAACCAGAUAUCUGAUUCAUCGUUGUAAACAGACUCUAAUAAUAUGCUCUAAUAAUAUGGGUGUCAUAGUUGUUAAACUUUGGUAAAUUCAAGUUUGUCUUCCAUCUACAAAAUGUGGAACAAAAAGAAUAAUAAUCAUAAACUUGUUCCUUGAUUGCACUUUGCACUCAUUUUAUAAGUAGGUUUUGGUAUUGAGCACUUUUUAGCCUCGUCAGAUUCUGGCACUUAUCUGUAGAAUUAAAAUCAGUAAUAAAUUUAGCAUUUGUUUUUAGCUGUAUGAUUUCAGAUGCACGAUCCAGCAAUACUCAGUGCUUCUAUGGAAACACACUAAUCUAUACUAUUAACCUAUGGUACCACUUAAGGUAGUGUAAGGAUUAACAGAAAUACUACCACCUGAAUAUGUUAGAUUGUUUAAUAGACCCAUAGUUAAAGUCCUGAUGUUAAUCUUCUGUGUCAACGGUAACCAUGGAAGCUGCUGAUGUUUUCUUAGGCUUUUAGAGUUCACAGUACUGCAAAAAUAUUUCAGUUCAUUUACUUUAUACUGUAUAGAAGUAGAACAGAUUGGACGUGAUUAGAUAUUUUUGAUGUGCCAUUUUGUUAGAACUGGUAAUUAGUGCUGCAAUGCAUUCUGGGUCAUGCUCUUAAAGUCUGCCGUGUCAUUGGCUUGAUUUUCACCUAAAAAACCUGCUUACGUCCAAUGUAAACCAACCGUUAUAACUGCUGCUGCUGAUUAAUUAUUAUUAGGGGAAGUGGAUAAGGGAGUGAGAUGAGCAGUAUUGAAACACCGCUUCAUUAUUUUAUUUGUCUGACUCGACUUAAUACAUUUUUCAACAUUUGUUCUUUCGACUCUCAGAUCAUCGCAUCAUCUCGAUUCUGCUUUCUGUAAUAGAAAAACAAUAUAUAUAAAAAUGGAUUGUGUUCGUGAAACAUUCCUCAUUAUUACACACGAGCGCCAUGUAGGAUAAAUAUUGAUUAUGCUUAUUUUCUUUUCUAUUUUUGUUACAAUCUCUGCUGAUCGUGUUUCAUAUCUUAUUAAUGUACAUUAAAAAGUUUUUGGUUUUUUUUGCUUUAUUUGUGAAAAGGAAAAAAGAAAAUUAAAUCGAGGACAUGCAACCCGUAAUUAAAUUCUAAGCGGAAACGUAAAUAAGUAAUCUUGAGCGAAAAAAGGAAAAUUGGAACCAAAGACAUGCGAUCUCUGUAUUUGUGUGUGUCAUAGUCGCGUCCUAAACUCGACCCAGGUGGAGUUUGAGUUUAAUAAUUUUUUCCACCUGGUGAAAUUAUCAUUCCAGCACUCACACAUGCUAUAUUUAUCUUCACCCUGUCUUUCUCACGUCUUUCAUUUCCAAAUCCUUUCCUAUUUAAAUAAACAAAUAAAUCCUCUCCCAUUGCUUUUAGUCUCUUUAAGGGAAAAGACCACAAAGUGUGCAGAGUCUACUUUAUUUUUUUUUAUUAUUUUUUUUUACAUUUUGAAUUCAUUUUGCAUGGAUAUUAUUGUUAUUAGUAUUAUUUGCUGUAUAAAAAAAAUCAAGAUUUGUAAGAUUUCUUUCCUGCACAUUUGUAAGCACAGUCUGGUCCAGUUCACUUUUUAUUUGUUAAAGCACUUCCAGUAAAAGCGCAUUAAUAAUAAACUCCAUUUAAACUCAAGCCAUGUGUCAGCAAAUCAACUCACGUAUAUUACUAACUAACCUUAUAUCACAGUAUGUGAUUUUAUUGGAGAGACAUCACAGUUGUUGGGAUGUGAUUGGGAGUGAUUAGAUGUCAGAGAGGUAUUGGUGUUGAAGCUGAUGAUGGACGCUGUUCUGCUUUACAGCUGAAUUUACUCACAUUUAUCUAAACCUUCAUGUUUAUGAAAAAGAUGAAUACUGUACGUCAGAGAAAGUGAAGUCUAUGAAUGUGUUUUUAUCAAAGUUAUCAGGAUGUGUGGUGGAAUUCUUUUAUUUUUAUUUUUAUUUUUAAAACCAUGAGUUUUGUAUGUAAAUUGAUCCCAUUGAAUACAAGUGGUGCGUGCAUUAGACAUGGCAGAUGGAGUAGGUUUUUUUUUAUACUUGGAGUAUAAUCCGCUGUAUAACAUGUAACUGAAGCACUUCCCCUCAUCAGCCUCAAACAGAAAGAGUCCAAUUCCUUUAUGAACGGGUUUUCACACUUUGUUCUCUCUCUAUAUUAAAUCGGUGUCACUGUAUGCCUUUUUUUCACCUGAAGUAUAACGGUUUUGCAGAUCUGCUCGCUUUUCUGCCAAAAAAAGCAAAUGCUUCAAUAAAACAAAUCCAGACUCCA